AUGGAGAUGAAGAAUCAGACAGUGGUAACAGAGUUCAUCCUUCUAGGAAUCCCCCAUACAGAAGGGCUGGAGAUUGAACUUUUCUUUGUAUUUUUCUUCUUUUAUUUCUUUACCUUGCUGGGAAACCUGACCAUUCUGUUGGCCAUCAUUUCUUCUCCUCGUCUUCACACUCCCAUGUAUUUCUUCCUAUGCAAGCUGUCUAUUUUUGACAUAUUUUUCCCUUCAGUGAGUUCUCCCAAAAUGCUAUUCUUUCUUUCUGGGAAUAGCCAUGCCAUCUCCUAUGGAGGCUGUGUCUGCCAACUCUUUUUCUAUCAUUUCCUUGGCUGUACCGAAUGUUUCCUAUAUACUGUGAUGGCCUAUGACCGCUUUGUUGCCAUCUGCUACCCUCUACGGUACACGGUCAUCAUGAGCCAUAAGGUAUGUGCCAUCUUAGCUAUGGGGACUUCAUUUUUUGGCUGUGUUCAGGCCACCUUCCUAACAGCCCUCACUUUCCAGUUGCCUUACUGUGGUCCCAACCAGGUGGAAUAUUUCUUCUGUGACAUCCCAGUGAUGCUGAAGCUAGCCUGUGCAGAUACCUCAGCUCUGGAGAUGGUGGGUUUCAUCAGUGUGGGCCUCAUGCCCUUCAGCUGUUUCCUCCUCAUCCUUACUUCUUACAGCCGCAUUGUUUGCUCCAUUUUGAGGAUACGCUCAGCAGAGGGCCGACGCAGAGCCUUCUCCACUUGCAGUGCUCACCUCACAGCUAUCCUCCUAUUUUAUAUGCCUGUGGUACUCAUCUACCUACAGCCAACCCCCAAUCCUUGGCUAAAUGCCACUGUUCAGAUCCUGAAUAAUUUGGUCACCCCUAUGCUAAAUCCUUUGAUCUAUAGUUUAAGGAACAAGGAGGUAAAAUCAUCACUAAGGAAGGUGCUACAGCAGAUUGGUCUCCUUCCUGAGCAGUAA